UGGAAGGGUAUAAAAGCAGCUGCUAGGCCCUGUGCCUGGCCACACAGGGCAGAGAGCUGCAGCACACUGUCCUCAGAGCUCAACCUCGGGACUUCCAUCCUUCUGCGGAGCUUACUGGGGAGGUCCCACAGGCUCCCCGCUAAUCCAGCUUCCCUACAACUCCAGAACCCCACAGACACAGGGCACUACUUCUUUCCUGCAGACGGCCAUGAGGUCCCGGCUUCUGCUUUCUGUGACCCACCUGCCCACCAUUCGGGAGACCUCGGAGGAGUCACUUGCCACGAGCUCUGGUCUGGAGCCCCCCGCCUCCCCCAGCCUGGAUGACUACGUGCGGUCCAUCCGUCAGCUGGCGCAGCCCACCUCAGUGCUGGAGGAGGCAGGAGCUCGGGCCCGACCCCGAAGAUCCCUCCGACGGCCAGCGGGUGGCCUCGAGAAGAGCUGCCCCACAGGGUCCCUCCAGGAUAUCACUGCCCAUUUCAGUGGCCAGCAACCUGCACCGCCCAGCGACUCCACUGCAGACCCCCUGGACUGGCUUUUUGGGGAGUCCCAGGAAAAGCAACCAAGUAGGAGGGAGUUGCUGAGAACUGGCUCUCUUGCUGACUCUUGGGGUCCUUGCAGACGGAUGGACAGUGGCAAGGCGCGGGGAAGCCCCCGAGGAAGGCUCUUUGAGGCCAGGGCCCCUGAGAAUUCUCUGGUAAGAGCGUCCAGGGACGGCCACCGGGACACCCGAGUUUCCAGGCUCCCUGGCCGGGCUCUGGCCUCCCCGUGUGGCUCUCAGCCCAAUGGCAUCCUCAGAACUCUAUAUUUGCACCUUCCUGUGAUCCACGAACUCUGACCGCACCCCAAUAAAGAUUCUGUAAAGAGCA